AUGAGCCGUCUUCUAUCCGCAGGAUUGGCCGGCCGGCGCCUGGCUUUGCCUGUCGGCACUGGCGUGUGUGUUGCGUAUUCUUUGCAGUGCCGACGUGCGCCUAUCUUCUUUGACACGUAUCAAGCUCCCACCAAUUCAACAGUAUCUCGUGUGCGCAGCCGUUCGCAUAGGGGCUUGAGCUCCGAGGCUAUGAGGCAGCUAUCAAGCGGCAGUCUAUCUGGUUUCGGGGCUGGUCUUCUUGUGGGGUUUUUGUCUCACACACUAGUUUUGCUCACUGGACUCUCCAUGCUCACUUUUUAUCUUGCGCAGAGGUGCGGCGUAGACCUACCUCGGUUGCUGGGAUUAAAGGAACGGUUAAACAAGGCUGGGCUGAGCAAGCCAUUUCGCAAUGCUAUAUUCCGACUAUCUUUUGCGGCUACCUUCACUCUUGCCGCCUUCGUCAGAUUCUAA